CGCUCUAGAAUGUCCGGUUCCCGCACCGCUGCGUUUGCAUCCCCCUCGUCGUCCACCUCGUCUUCUUCCAACGGCCGAAAGGGUGGUGUUCUCGAGUUCUUCUGCGGCGAGAUCGAGGGAGAUCAAGGGAAAUCGAGGAACAGGCAUUUCUGAAGGUUCUCGAACCCCUCCCUUCCCAUGGCGGCGAAGGAGACCGAACGACGUUCCUUCGGCGACCUCCCCGAGGAGUUGAUCCCGGAGAUCCUCGCCUGCGUUCCGCCCAAGCACCUCCUCCGCUUCCGCGCCGCCUGCAAGGCCUGGUGCGACCUCGCCGCCGACCCCGCCUUCAUCCGCAAGCACCACUCCCGCCAGCCAGCGCAGCCCCUCCUCUUGGCUUACGACGAGCACUGCCUCGAGGCCGUCAACCUCAGCACCAACAGGCGCCGGGCGGUCAUGCGGGUUACGGUGUCUGGCCGCGUGCCCUCCAUUGGGUCCGACGUGCUCGCGCUCCACGGGUCCUGCGACGGCCUGCUCCUCCUCGGCUUCCGCGAGACCUUCCUCGUCUGCAACCCCGCCACGCGCCAAGGUGCUCGCCUGCGGCUGCUGUUUCGUGAUGGCCCGGAAUUCCUGGGGUUCUACAAGCACGCCGCUUCUGGGGAGUACCGGGUGCUGUACCACCUGGUCGAGGGCCUCGACGGGGAGUACUCCUACUACGUCCUCUCGCUGGGAUCCCAGCAGGCGAUCAGGGACAUCGAGCUGCUCACGUCGUCGGCCGCCGUGGCCGCCGGGCUGGCGAGAGGGCUGGAGAGCUCCAGCACAUCGCCGCCCGUCCUCUUCCGCGGCAGGCUGCACUGGCGGCCGCAACGGACCCAAGAGGGCAACAUUCUGGUGUUCGACACCGAUGCUGAGUCAUUCAGUUGGAUCCCUGCCCCCGCGGAGGCGAUGCUGGGCGAGCGCCACCACACGCAGCUGUUUGAGAUGGACGGCACGAUUGCCGUGUUCUGCUGCCACCAAUCUGCACAGAAGUCGGUCAUCUGGUUCAUGGAGGACUACGAGCAGAUGAACUGGGUCAAGCACCCGGUUGAGCUGUCCUUCACACCUGCUUAUGAUCCGGCUGUCCUGUAUCAAGGGGGGGAUGUGCUGGUGCUGGAAUCGGAUAUGCUGGUGUUUGAAAGCCCUGGCAAGCUGUCGCAUUAUGAUAAGAUGGAUAAACUUCAGGGAUCUGUCAACUGUUUUGCUCGGGGCCUCAGAAUUACUCCACAUGUGCUCAAAGAGAGCCUCAUCCUCCCUGAGUUCCUUCGGAAGCAGCAGAAGGACGGUACCUGCCAAUGGUUCCCCGAGCUUGAGUUUCCCUGAUGGUUCUGGUUUGGACACUGCAAUCUCUGCUGAUGAAACUCAAACUGGUUAGCCUUUUCAUGAUUCGCACAACGGUGACAGAGGUUCACAGAUAUUGAUUCCUUCUUUUAGUCUGUGCAGUUAUCCCCUGUUAUGUUUCAGUACACUGUAUGUUGGAAAUUUCCAUUACAUGAAUUGUGAACGAAUUGCAUGUGUUCUGAACAUGAUUUCGAAUGGCUUGGGCGUUAUAUGGGGCGAUAUGCCUGCAGGUCAUGAUGGUUGUUAUUGAACAUGUUUCUGAUAUGGAUACCAUUGCUA